CGAGCCUCGUCGAGCCCGACUUUGUCGGCGUCAGGUGUUCCGCAAGGCGGACAACCUUAUCGUAGCACCUACCUAAGGUAUGUUCCAGGCUGCUUGGUCUCUCCUACCACAUUACAUCCCCCCCCCUCUCGGCCGCCUUCUGAGGGAAACAGAUGGAGGGGCGCCCUCUCGGGUUACCAGCCCGGCGCUAACAGAAACUCAAUGCAUUGGUUGUUGACCUCUGCACAAGUGGUAAUUCUCUUUCUAGACCGAGCUCCAGGAGGUGCAUAUGUCGACGAUUCUGUCCGCACUCCGUACUUUUCAGAGGCCAGCAUGCACAGUAUAUACUGCAUGUGCCUAGGCAAGAGAGCACCGGAAUCCAGAGUGGUAUCUUCAAGGGGGCUAGUGAAUGGACUGGCGGCCCAGGCCCUCACAGCCUCGUUCGAGGUUCGGGUCGGGGCGAUGGCCGUCUUAGGUUCUUUUUCUUUCCCAAUCACGCGUCGGUAAGCUCAUUUGGGUUUUUUGUUUGGCCGCUGAGCCGUAACCUUGAAUGGGGAGCACAGCGCCAGGCCAGACCGU